ACUGUGAGAGUCAGGCCCUGGACCAUCGUCGCCAUUGAGCAAAGCUAAUAUUCUUCCCGGCAUAUGGUCCCCCAAAAUUUUUGCUAGAGAUCCAGGAAAAUAAACAAAACAACAAAAUCCCAGUGCCACCUUGGAGCCCCACCCAAUUUCCAGGCUGCCUGAAAACUUCUUGGCUCUCCGGAAGGUGCACUGCUGAACACCGCUGUCACUGUCAGGGCGCAUGCAUAUGGGGAUCUGCUACUGAGAUGCAGAGCAAGCCUUGCAGCUGACUGCGACGCGGGAGCUCCAUUGCCGCUGGCAUGGACAGUUCUGCCCCAGAGACCACAAGUAUGAAUACCACAGACAGUGGUGUCAACUGUUUAUGUGCCAUCUGUGGUGACAGAGCAACAGGAAAGCACUAUGGGGCAUCCAGUUGUGAUGGCUGCAAAGGCUUUUUCAGGCGCAGCAUUCGGAAGAGUCAUGUUUAUUCCUGCAGGUUCAGUCGGCAGUGUGUUGUUGACAAGGACAAAAGGAAUCAAUGCAGAUACUGUCGAUUAAGAAAGUGUUUUAGAGCAGGAAUGAAAAAAGAAGCGGUGCAAAAUGAACGCGACAGAAUCAGUACAAGAAGAAGUACCUACGAGGGCAGCAACAUCCCCUCCAUAAACACUCUGGCACAAGCGGAAGUGAGGUCUUGCCAGAUUUCAGUCCCAAGCCCCAGUUCCAGCACUGACAUAAAUAUUAAGAAAAUCGCAAGCAUCAGUGACGUUUGUGAGUCCAUGAAACAACAGCUCUUAGUCUUGGUGGAAUGGGCCAAAUACAUCCCUGCCUUCUGUGAACUGCCCUUGGAUGACCAGGUGGCCCUCUUGAGAGCCCAUGCUGGAGAACAUCUGCUGCUUGGAGCUACAAAGAGAUCCAUGAUGUAUAAAGAUAUUUUGCUUUUGGGAAACCACUAUGUUAUUCACCGCAACAGCUGUGAAGUUGAAGUCAGUCGUGUAGCCAACAGAGUUCUCGAUGAGCUGGUUAGACCCUUCCAAGAGAUCCAGAUAGAUGACAACGAGUACGCGUGCUUGAAGGCCAUUGUGUUUUUUGACCCAGAUGCAAAGGGAUUGAGUGACCCUGUGAAGAUUAAGAACAUGCGGUUCCAGGUGCAGAUCAGCUUGGAGGACUACAUCAAUGACCGGCAGUAUGACUCUCGUGGCAGGUUUGGAGAGCUGCUGUUGCUGCUGCCAACACUGCAGAGCAUUACCUGGCAGAUGAUUGAACAAAUUCAGUUCGUCAAACUGUUCGGCAUGGUCAAAAUUGACAACCUCCUUCAGGAAAUGCUGCUGGGUGGUGCUGCCAAUGAUGGUAGUCAUCUCCAUCAUCCAAUGCACCCACAUUUAUCUCAAGAUCCACUAACUGGGCAAACUAUACUUUUAGGUCCCAUGUCCACACUGGUUCAUACAGACCAGAUUGCAACUCCAGAGACCCCACUCCCUUCCCCACCACAAGGCUCUGGACAAGAACCGUACAAAAUUACUGCAAAUCAAGCUUCAGUCAUUUCACAUCAAUCCCUCUCUAAGCAAAAGCAGCUGUGAGAUGGGGCUUCCUUCUGAAUAGCACUGCAUAAAUGUGAAACACAUUUGUCUUCAAAUAUCUCAAGAUGAUACUUUUGUCUACUUCAGGCAAGGCUUCUUCAUGGUGCUGUUAUAAGAUUCUAUCCUGUUUUCUUGUUUGUAAACACAUUUUGUUUAUUGUUGCUGUGAAGUAAAGCUUUCAUAUGCUUUAUUUUCCUAUGUAUAUUUGGGUUUGAAGUGUAUUGUUUCCAACUGUUCCUGCACUGUGCCUGAACCACUUAUAUAUGACUUCCAUGUUUUCAUAAUAUUAACUUAAAUCUGUAAAUAUUUGCUUUGUUAUGAUCUGAUACAGAACUAAGUAUUCUUUUUGUUAGAUAAGAAAUGCUAGUUAAUAUAAAAAUCAACCAAGUUUUUUUGUUUCUUUUUGUUUGUUUUUGUUUUUGUUUUUUUUUAAUAAAAAACAAAUUGUAAACUUGAAGAUUACAAAAGGAUAAGCAGUGGCUGUAGAAUAGAAUAUUUCUGUGAUGGAGAAUACAUCAGGGACUGCUGAGGCCAGCAGUAAAUGUGCCUAUGUUAAAUUCAGAGAAACAGCACCAUUGUAAAGAUGACAGGAUAUUUUUUGCAAUAUGACUGCACUUCAAGAGAUCUGCUAAAGAAAAGUAUGCUGCUUCUUUUAGUUAGCAUAGAAGACAAAGGAAAACAAAGAAAUAUGAAACUGUAUUUCAACCAAAAAUGACAUUCAUUUUUUACUGUUGAGAAAUCUGGAAAAUCACCCAUUCAUUGGAACUUAGUGUGUCCCCAUACCCAGUUCCUUGGGAAGACAAAGGAGUCUUUCUAGAGUAACCUGUGUUAGUUCAAGAUAUGCAAAUAUGGCAGAAAGGAUGCUGGGAAUCAAGUCACUGAUUACAUUUGUUCAACCCAGUUCUGGUUGGUGAAUGUGUCACCAAAGAAUACAUUAAAUUAUUGUAGUAUGCUUUUGAAAAUAUACAAUGACUGAUGAUGGAAUGUUAUCUGUCAUACUACUCUUAAAUGUAAAUAACAAGUUGUUGGCAGUACUUUCAGUGAGGAAGAGAGCAGUUUUGUACCUUUUAUAAUCCUCAUAUCUUCCCCUAAAAUACUAAAGAAGAUAAAAUAUACACUAGAUAUAUUUUUAUGACUUAGGAAUUUUCACAACAUAGAAAUUUGCUGAAAAUUUAAUUCUAGAUUGAUAAGUAGCCCCAACUAUUUGAGAUAAUCCAUGGUUGGGAUUUAUUUUAAAAGCACUAAAAAUCAACAAUAACAAUGUGUAUCAGUGUUCUCUCUCUCUCUCUCUUUCUCUCUCUCUCUCUCUCUCUCUCUCUCUCUCUCUUUUUCUCUCUCUCUCUGCCUGUCUCUCUGUUUCUUUUUCUCUCUUCAUGACUUUGUUGGUUUAUUCCCUCUCUUAUAUUUACUAAAGUGGUAAAGUAUGGUUGAAUAUACAGCUGUAAAAUUUCUAUAACAUAUAUCAAGAGAAAAAAGUAACUGAACCUGUAGGAUUUUGGAUUAAAAGACUUCAUGGAUCUUCACAUUUCUCAGAUUAUAUGUCAUACCCUCUACCUACCUAAAACUACAGACAUCAUUUUAGUAUUAACUAUCUUGGCUAUAAAAUAGAAAUAAUGGGACAGUUAUCUGUAAUUUGACAGCAUCAAUUGUAUUUACUCAAAUGCUAUUAUCCUCAUGAAACUAAAAUAUAACAUUGAUGGAGGACGGGGAAAGAGAGAAAGAGAUUCUUAAUUCUGAAUAUUUUGAAACUGUAUUCUUGUUUCAUGAAAUAAGCAAGUUAAUUACUAAAUUUCAUGAACAGAAAUAUCAUCUGUAGGUUUUUGUUUACUUGUUUAUUGUAAAUUCUUCAAAAAGACAUAAAUGGUCUAUUUGGGAUUAUAUAUUUUAUAUAUGGUAUAUAAUACCAUGACAAGAUACUUUAAACUGGAUAGAGUAAACAACAGGAAUUUGUUUCUCAUAGCUGUUCAUGUUGGGAAGCUGAAGGUAAAGAAUUAUCUGAUGCUCUGAUUUAUAGAUAGUGAUUUGUGAGACAGCUCUCAGGGACCUCUUUUAUGAAAACAGGAUUGCCACACAUGUUGGCUCCACCCUCAGACCCUCCUCACCUGCUAGUUUUUUCACCUUUGUAGAUCACUAUAUGUAUGACUACAUUUCAACAUAAAUGAGGAGGCAUGUGCACAUUCAAACCAUAGCAAAUAAUUUUAAAACACAAAAUUUAUUUUUGAUAAAUAAUACAUCCAUAAUGAUAUACUAAACAUAUGUUUUAGAAACUACUACUAAUAAUUCUCUUUGAAAAACCACGGUCAGGGAUUUUGUAAUAUACCAUUUUUGUAUACUGAACUUCUAGAAAUGGUUGACAAUGAAGAGCUGAUGUUUUUAGCAUGUUAUCAAAAUAUUGUUAAAGAAAGUUAUUGCUUUUAUAUAAUACAUUUCAGGUGAUAGAUAUAAGUAAUUUAUUGUAAAAUAAAAAUUUGUUUUAUAAAUGCAAAAUUAUUUUUAUAAAUUUCUUUUUUGAAAAUCAGAAAUGAGUAGCUUUUUAAAUGUUAAAUAUAGUUAAAUUGAAAUAUUUCUAAACUGUAAUAACUGUUUUACUGAACUUUCUAAAUAAAAAGAGAAAAAAUUAGCUGAAA